AUGUCCAAAAUGGAAAAAAUACCGCUCUUGUGGCUUUUUGUUCAGGCCGCGGUUGUCGUUGCGUCAUGUUUCACCGAUGUGGAAACUGGGCCUGUUGCAGGUGUAUCGACUCAGACGACCGGUGAUCGGUUCAAAAUUGAAGGAAGGGCAAUCGUUCCUGGUGUAAAGACACAAGACUGGGUUUCCACGGCACGGGUUCUUGUAGACGGUGAAGACUACGUUGGUUUUUUGAGAACUGAUGGCAGUUUCGCAGUAAACGACAUCCCUUCUGGUUCUUACGUUGUCGAAAUUGUCACCCCUGGAUACAGAUUUGAGCCAGUGCGUGUUGAUAUCACAUCCAAGGGGAAAAUGCGAGCACGCCUUGUAAACUACAUCAAGACUUCAGAAGUAAUCCGCCAGCCAUAUCCUCUCCAAAUAAGGGCGAGUGGAAUUCACAGCUACUUCAUGAAAAGGGAAACCUGGGGCUGGACUGAUUUUCUCAUGAAUCCGAUGGUCAUGAUGAUGGUGCUGCCACUGCUAAUCAUUGUUUUACUGCCCAAAGUGGUCAACACCAAUGAUCCAGAAAUGAGAAAGGAAAUGGAGCAAUCUAUGAACAUGCUCAACCCCAACCCUGAACUCCCAGAUGUCUCUGAGCUCAUGACCAAGCUCUUCUCCGGGUCCAAGGGAUCCAGCAAAGCAGGUAGCAGCAGCAAGGGCACCAGGCCAGCUGUUAAGAGGAGGUAG